AUGAGUGUCCGUAAAUCAGCAGGCGCGCAGCUGGAGCAGCCAAGCAAAGGUCCUGAGGGCGCGCCACACGUUUUUGGAAACCAACGUGUUGGAAAGACAUUCUGGGGACUUCGGGAUCUAUUAUUCGCACCACCGACGCCGCCUUCUUGCGCCUUUUCUGUCACUUUUGCUGACCUGCGCACGCCAUUUGGGAACGUCUCCAACAGCUAUGUAGCUUCAGGUAUAAAAGGGCGAAUUUACUGCUUUGUUCAUUCUCCAGCCUUCGAGUUCAAACAGAACUUCGUCCUCUUUGUUUUGGCUGCGGUCAUGACCGCCGCUGCAGCGCAUCCAGUUCCUGGAUCGACUGCGCUCAGCGGUGCGACCUUCGACCUUGAGGUUCGUGAGCCUCUUAUGAGAGGUCGUAGCCCUGUCAAAGUGCUCGCCAGAGACCCAAGACACGGCUCAGGCUCUCGUGGAAGGAGCCACCUCGCAAAGCGCCGUCAUGGUGACUCCGGAUCGCGCGGCAGAAGCCACCUUGCGAAACGCCGUCACGGCGAUUCAGGCUCUCGUUCUCGUCUUGAGGCGCGCCGUCACGGUGAUUCAGGCUCUCGCUCCCGUCUUGAGGCGCGCCGUCACGGUGAUUCGGGCUCUCGCUCUCGUCUCGAGGCGCGCCGUCAUGGCUCUGGUUCUCGCGGCCGCGGCCGCCUUGAGGCACGCCGCCACGGUGAUUCGGGCUCUCGUUCCCGUGUCGAGGCGCGCCGCCAUGGCUCCGGCUCUCGCUCUCGUCUUGAAGCGCGUCGUCAUGGCUCGGGAUCUCGUUCCCGCCUCGAAGCACGCCGCCAUGGAUCAGGUUCUCGCGGCCGCAGCCAUGCCCGCCUUGAGGCGCGCCGUCACGGUGAUUCGGGCUCUCGUUCCCGUCUUGAGGCGCGCCGCCAUGGCUCGAGCCAUGGUCGUCGUGACCUGGAAGCCCGCCGUCACGGUUCAGGAUCCCGUGGACGCAGCCAUGCCCGCCUUGAAGCCCGCCGCUAUGGUUCUGGCUCCCGUGGACGCAGCCAUGCGCGUCUGGAAGCUCGCCGCCAUGGAUCAGGCUCACGCGGAAGGAGCCAUAAUCGCCGCGAUCUAGAGGCACGCCGUCACGGCUCCGGUUCUCGUGGGCGGAGCCACAACCGCCUCGAGGCGCGCCGCCAUGGAUCAGGUUCCCGUGGACCCAUGCUCGUCUCGAAGCCCGCCGUCACGGCUCUGGUUCGCGCGGACGCAGCCAUGCUCGUCUUGAGGCUCGUCGCCAUGGAUCAGGAUCUCGUGGACGCAGCCAUGCCCGUCUUGAAGCUCGCCGCCAUGGAUCUGGCUCUCGCGGCCGCGGACGCCUGGAGGCACGCCGCCACGGUUCUGGCUCCCGUCACCGGGCUUGAAUGUCUUCGUGCGGGCAGUAAACUACAAAAGCUGCUAAAUGUGCACGGCAAUGAAUAA